AUGUCUUCAAACCCCAUCUCCGCCCCUGCACCUACCCCUGCCCCAUCCUACCGUUCAAAGAAGAAGCUCCGCAUGGAAUCUCAUUACUUCAACACUACCCUCCUCCAUAAGAAAUCAUCCCCCACUCCCGCCACUGAUAGAAAAACUACUAUCACACCUGCCAUUACUACUUCCAUCGAGGAAGAUGAAAUUAAGUAUCCUACAACCAAAUACAAAACAAACAGCAAGAACUGGUUCGUUUAUGCCUUCGGUAUCGGAUCUGAUACCGGCCCCUCUCAACUUUCUGAUGGUGGCCGUCCAGCUCAUUAUGGCAUCACUUCUUCCAUCACUUCCGAAUCGGAGGUGCCUAGGACUUGGCAAGGUCUUUUGGAUAUUUCCAGCCAUUAUCAUAGCGAUAAUAAAGUCUCACAUCAGGCCAGAUGCGGCUUGAUUUAUGCACCUGCUCCUGAACCGCAAAAUAUCGCUUUAUCAAUCUCAAAAAAGAGGUUAAUCCCCGACGAUUUCGUCACCGAUUACGACCAGCGCCGUGAAAAGGCCCGGGCCCGUAUCGACGCUGACUGGGAGUUUGGAAGGGCUGUGGCUAGAAAACAGCUUAUUCCAAAGUCAAAAAACAAGCCUGCCGUUCCGAAAAAGGUCGUGGAGACCAGAAAGAGCGGGAGAAUUAUGGGAAGGGCGGAGUCGACUGCGACUACUACUACUACUACAACAACAACUUCAAAGCCUUCCGGAAAGGAAAUGUUUGGAUCCAGUGGAAUGGUCAUCUUGAGGAUGAAUGUUGUGACUGUUGGAGAGGCUGGCGACUCGGAUUGA